UAGAACUACUUAUCUCGAAUGACAAUCAUUUUCGUGGUCUAUCAUCGGAAGACUCGCGAUGGAUUAUGCAGGUUAGAAAACGGCGAAAAAUGUCAACAUGAAACAUCUCAUUGUAAAUUAGUAACGAAUUUGAUAUAACAGGCCAGAAAAAACUUAGAAAUAACUCACGAAUAUCUAUUCAAAGUUUCAUUUUCCCAUUUAAAACUCCGGGAAUAUCGCAAAUGCCUCUCGUCGCAAGAAAUUGUCCGCACAUAGCCAAGCAUGGGGAUCUGUCAAUCCUCGAAUCGUUGGCUACGCAAAAGGAGAAAUUCUUCAAGUGUAACGAUUGUGAUAAUGACGGGCCAAAUUUGUGGUUCUGUCUGUUUCCCAAUUGCAAGUGGAUUGGUUGUUCGACAACCCAUUUAGACCACAGCACGAUCCAUAAUACAAAAUUUCCAAACCACUGCGCCCAUAUGAACUUGUCAACCGAGAGGAUAUGGUGCUACUAUUGCGAGCACGAGGUCAUAGCAGUCCACAUACCGUCCCCUCUGCAGUCGCCAAAUCCGAGAGAGCCAAAAUCAAGCGGUAACAAAUUCUCCGGAGAUGCCUGUAUCGGUGUGACAUUAAAAUCGGAUAACUCGGAGCUGCAUCAGUCCUUGAUGAACAAAUUCGGCAGGUCUGGAGCAAACAGAAUAGACUGGGAAAAGGGUGUUCUCACCUAUGAAAAAUCUGGCGACUCUCCGGAUAGCACAGACUCUGAUGAUAGCAAGGACCUCGCAGUAAAACCAAAGGGCCUUGUCGGCUUGCAGAACAUUGGCAACACGUGUUACAUGAAUGCUGCGCUCCAAGCCUUGUCCAACGUUCCACCAUUGACUCAAUUUUUCUUGGAAUGUGAUCUGAUCAUCAAUUGCAUACUCAAAGAUCGCAAGUCCGGCCUGAGCUUGAGCUACCUUAAUCUGAUUAGUGAAAUGUGGAACAAAAAGACACGAGGAUAUGUUGUUCCUCAUGGUAUUUUAUAUUGGAUAAGAACAGUUCAUCCGAUGUUCAGAGGCUACCAUCAACACGACACACAGGAAUUCUUAAGAUGCUUUAUGGAUCAGUUGCACGAAGAACUAAAAGAACAUAUAGAGGAUGACAGAGAUCAUUUAUUGAGACUAAAGGGGUUUGAGGAACAUUCUUCGGACGAAGAAGACACAGAGAUUGAUGGAACCGGUUCUAGUCAAUCUGAUGCUGAAUACGAAACCUGUGACUCGGGAGUUAGUGAGCAAAGCUCGUUGAGUGACGAGGGAGAACGCGGGACCAAAAGGCGAUACUACAGGUUGUCCCAGUCAGAGAAAUUGAGAAGCAAGUUCAGCAAUAGCAGGAGCAUGAAGAAGUCGACUGGUGAUGAUUCCUUCUCUCAAAAUCAGAGAUCGACCCCGAGCUCACCGACCAAACAUCGUAACAAGAAACUAAUGAAAACUAGAAGUAUUAUCAGCGACAUAUUCGAUGGAAAACUUCUGAGUAAUGUACAGUGCUUAACUUGUGACAGAGUUUCCAGAAGGGUUGAAACUUUUCAAGACCUCUCUCUGCCCAUACCUAGCAGAGAUCACAUCGAUAUGUUGCAUCAAGGAUCGCUUACUCCACAAAAAGCUGGACCUUGCUCUGACGUAGUUUAUGUGACCAAUCAGUCGGGCUGGGUUUCCUGGUUUUGGCAAUGGAUGCGUUCCUGGUUUUGGGGGCCGGUUGUUAGCCUCCAUGAUUGCCUAUCUGCAUUUUUCAGCGCCGAUGAAUUAAAGGGUGACAAUAUGUACAGCUGUGAAAAGUGCAAUAAACUUCGUAACGGUAUAAAAUUUUCAAAGGUCUUGGAACUCCCUGAGGUUCUCUGUAUUCAUCUGAAGAGAUUUCGGCACGAACUAAUGUUUAGUUCAAAGAUUGCCAAUUACGUUUCAUUUCCUUUGGAAGGUUUAGAUAUGAGACCAUAUAUGCACAAGGAAUGCGUGUCACAAGUCACGACGUAUGAUUUGAUAUCUGUAAUUUGUCAUCACGGAACUGCCGGAGGUGGUCAUUACACAUGCUACGCUUUGAACACUGCUGUAAAUCAAUGGUUUGAAUUUGAUGAUCAAUGCGUUACUCAAAUGUCGCCGGAAACAGUUAAAAAUUGUGAAGCUUAUGUGUUGUUUUAUAAAAAAUCAUCACCUGAAAUGAAUCAGUUUAGAGAAAAAACUGUAGAAUUGAGAAAUGUAUCAGCCCUGGAGCUGUCGCAUUUGAAUUUCUUCGUAUCUCGUCAAUGGAUAAACAGGUUCAAUACAUUCUCGGAACCAGGACCCAUUGACAAUUCAGACUUCCUGUGUGCUCAUGGAGGUGUAAUUCCUGCCAGAGCACAAUUUGUUGAUAAAAUCAGUAGGCCAAUCCCACAAGAGGUGUGGGAGUAUCUCUACGACAAAUUUGGUGGUGGGCCAGCUUGCACGCAUCUUUACGAGUGCCCCAUUUGCGAGGAGAAACGUGAAUCAUUGCAAAAACGGAUGCGGUAUGAGAUGGAGGUCUUUCAACGAUUAAAUUACGGAGUGGAUAACCCACCAGCAAUAUAUGCAUUAGCCAUGGCUUGGUUACGCCAAUGGCGGAGCUUUGUUAGGGGAAAAGAGACACAACCGCCAGGACCCAUUGACAAUACCUCCAUUAUCAUAAAUAAGAAUGGUCAAAACCUCUUAAAAGCUGGUUCAGACUAUGCCCAGAUAUCAGAAGAACUUUGGCAAUUCUUCUUAAAUACUUAUGGCGGUGGCCCUGAAUUAAUGUUGCACUCGUGUCAACGGCCAGUAUCGACACAACCGAAUUCCUCCCAACAUUCCUCCUCUAAUCCAAACUUGAUUGACCAAAAUUCCAAAGCCAGUCGACAAGAUGUCAAGACAAUUAAAGUGAGUACAACCAGAAGUUCGGAAGUUGUGGCCCACCAAGAAAAUGCCGGAGAUUGUUUGAUGGCCGACUCUGACACCCAUCAAAUGCAAGGUGACGCAAAUUUCUAAAAAGUUGAAAGAUUUCCAGAAUUAUUUUUUCCACUAAAUUGUGAAAUUAGAAAUAUUUUUCAUACGAGUAAUUGUUCAAAAAUAUAGUCAGUAUAAUAAACACCAACCAACAAACUUUACUUAUUCACCUAUUUUAUCAAAGAUAUAUUGUACGGCGAAAUUCUUCAAAAUCAAAGUAUUCCAUUGAACUGCAGAUUCAAUCGGUUUGUUCGUAUUCAAACAAAAUACAAGAAUGUGAUGUUUUCAGAUUUCGUUUUUCAAUUUCCUUUUAGAUUUAAUGUUCUUUUAUAUUUCCAAUAUCUGGAAACUAUUCACCAAGCAUUACCAAUGAUACUAAGUACACAAAACGUUAGUAAAUAAAUAAUAAAACCAAGGAAUGAAAAAUUGUAUUUAUGCAUACUUUAAUUUAAGAGCAACAACUUCAAUCGCUACACGAGUGUAAUAUGUUAACGAGGAAAAUAAAUCAUAUUUUUUGUUCUGCUCGAAAAUAAGCUAACUACCAAAAUGUGUAAUAUUGUUAUACGUACAGAGGUACAGGCUAUUACCACCAUAAGUAUUUUUACUGUACCUCAUCUGUCAUUGAUCGCCAGUAGUACAAAUAUACAUUUGAUCAAUUUAUUCCUUUCUUUCUAUUCCCCAUGUAUCUAACACAUGAAGCACCGGCAAUUUUUUCACAAAACGCAAAGUCAUUCCUGGUUUGUGUGAAGUUGUGAAUGAAUUUUUAUUCAAAAUAAAAUCAUAAUUAUGCCUCGACGACCUCUCGAGACGCAAGUGAUAAUCAGUAAGGCUGAUCAAUGAAGGGAAGACAUUUUAUAGGCAGAAAAAACAUAGAGUUGAAAUCAGUUGAUUUUCAAAAUUAGUAAAAAUGUUAGGUUUUGCUUGAAUCUAAAGCCCCUUCUCGUAUUUUUUCAGAACCGAUUUUCGUAAUCAUAAAUAGAAAGUGUCAGAAAUUUUAGUCUAAUGUAUCUUACAAAAUUUUAUUUCACUCUGUGUAGUAAAUAAAUUAUUAUUAUCUCGAGAA